AUGCAAUAAUUCUAAACCUCCAUCCUUGAUAAAGACAUGUUAUUAUAAACUGAUGGUUCUCUCUAUGUAGGAACCAUCAUUAGAGGUAAUAUCUAAGGUUUUGGUUUACUUAUAAACCCUGAUGGAUGUAAAUAAAAAUCAAUAUGAUUUAGCAUAUUAUUAUGGGGAAUUCAAAGACUCUUAACCAAUAAAUAUAGGAAUCUAUAAGUUAUAGAAUUCAUGUAUUAAAUUACAUUUUGAUGACAAUUCAAAUUUGAUUGACUCUGAGAAUAUUCAUAAUAAAAGUUUUCUAUAUAAAGUGAUCCCUUUUAAGAACAACUCUUAUGGUGAUAAAAUCUUAAUCAAAAGGUAUACUAAUAUGAUUACAUAUGGAAUAACAAAGAAAGGGGAAUAUGAUGGAUUUUGUGUUUAGCAUUCUAAAAAUGGAGAUACCUUCUAUGGAUAAAUUAUUAAAGGUAAGAAAGAAGGGGAUGCUAUUGAAUUCAAAAGUAAAAAAUAAUAAUGGUUUUGGUUAAUCUAUAAAGAAGACAUUGUUUAAUAAUAAAAAUUUUAUGGAGACAAUUUUGUACCAAGAGAUUUGAUAAGUAAUUAUUGAAUACAAUUAAAUUUUAGCUGAAUUAUUUUUUUCUAUUCAUAACAAAAUACCUAAUCCUUGUAAAGUUGUAUCAUUAGCUAACAUUUAAUUUAGUAUUAAUAAUAUCAUACUUAAUAUGAAUCUCGAAAAUUCAUUUAAUGAAGAAAUUGAUAAUUGUGAAAAUAGAAGACCAAGAUAAUUUGAAAGUUCAAUUGAAGAAGAUUAAGUACAAUUUGAUAAUAAUGAAUAAUUCAAAGAACUCUAAGAUUUUCAUGCUGAUAAUUUAAGUAAACUCACUUAAACAGAAAUAUAAUAAGCUAAAAUUAGAAUUGGUAGAAGUACAAGUUGCUUAAUUAGUUCUUCUGAUAUUCCAUAAACUACUUAAAAUAUUAAAGACAUGGUCAAAACUAAAAUCAUAAUUAAACGAUCCACUUCUCCUAUAUUAACUACAAUUAGACCCUUAUUUUCUGUUAUAAGAGUUUGA